GGAUGUGUGUGUGUGCGCGCGCACGGAGGUUAAGCGGAGUGUCUGCUCGGUCUAUGCGGGCAGAGGAGUCGCUGUAGACGGAUCGAGCGGAGCCACUUUAGCUGCUGAGCAUCUCCACCGAGGCCCCGACUCACCGAGCACCACCACCCACCCAGCAGCACUUUGUUAGCGGACACAUCUCCAGGAACCAUGCCCGAGAGGAGGCCCUUCGUGCGGUUACCGACUGACGUCUACCCCGUCAACUACGGCUUGUGCCUGAAGCCCGACCUGAUCGACUUCACGUUCGAGGGGCGGCUGGAGGCGCUGGUGGAGGUUACACAAGCCACAAAUCAGAUUGUGAUGAACUGUGCUGACAUCGACAUCAUCACAGCUUCCUUUGUGCCUCAGGGAGGAGAAGAAAUUAACGCGACGGGAUUCAACUAUCAAAACGAGGAUGAGAAAGUCACCUUAUCGUUUCCUAGCGCUCUACAGAAAGGCUCCGGCGUGUUGAAGAUCGACUACGUCGGGGAGCUGAAUGACAAAAUGAAAGGAUUCUAUAGAAGUAAAUAUACGACCCCUGCAGGAGACGCCCGCUACGCUGCUGUCACACAGUUUGAGGCUACGGACGCUCGCAGAGCUUUCCCCUGCUGGGACGAGCCAGCGAUCAAAGCCACCUUCGACAUCACUCUGAUAGUUCCCAAGGAGCGAGUAGCCUUGUCAAACAUGAAUGUCAUCGAUCGAAAGCCAUAUCCAGAGGAUGAAAACCUGGUGGAGGUGAAGUUUGCCACCACCCCCAUCAUGUCCACGUACCUUGUAGCUUUUGUCAUCGGCGAGUACGACUUUGUGGAGAGCCAAUCAUCAGACGGUAUCACGGUACGCGUCUACACCCCCUUGGGGAAGGCGGAGCAAGGGAAAUUUGCGAUGGAGGUGGCGACUAAGACUUUACCUUUCUACAAAGACUACUUCAAUGUUCCUUACCCGUUGCCUAAAAUUGAUCUCAUAGCUAUUGCUGAUUUUGCUGCUGGUGCCAUGGAAAACUGGGGCCUUGUUACCUACAGGGAGACGGCGCUGCUCAUCGACCCGAAGAACUCCUGCUCGUCCUCCAGGCAGUGGGUGGCGCUGGUGGUCGGACACGAACUCGCCCACCAGUGGUUUGGCAACCUGGUCACCAUGGAAUGGUGGACCCAUCUGUGGUUGAAUGAAGGAUUUGCUUCCUGGAUCGAGUAUCUGUGUGUGGACCACUGCUUCCCAGAAUACGACAUCUGGACCCAGUUCGUCUCAGCUGAUUACACUCGCGCUCUGGACCUGGACGCACUGGACAGCAGCCAUCCCAUAGAGGUGAACGUGGGUCAUCCGUCGGAGGUGGAUGAAAUAUUCGACGCCAUCUCCUACAGCAAAGGAGCGUCUGUGAUCCGCAUGCUGCACAACUACACUGGAGAUGAGGAUUUUAGAAAAGGAAUGAACGCUUAUCUUUUGAAGUUCCAACAUAAAAAUGCAUCGACAGAGGACCUAUGGGACUGUCUGGAACAGGCCAGUGGGAAACCCAUCGCUGCAGUGAUGAGCUCGUGGACCAAGCAGAUGGGUUUCCCUAUCAUUGAAGUGGAACAGGAACAGCAAGGCGACGACCGCAUCCUGAAGUUGUCUCAGAAGAAGUUCUGUGCCAGUGGACCACAUACCGGUGAGGACUGCCCCAGCUGGAUGGUUCCCAUUAGCAUCUGUACCAGCGAGGACCCGAUGUGCACCAAGCUGAAGGUUCUGCUGGACAGACCCGAGACCACUGUCACAGUGAGCGGCGUCGCUCCAGACCAGUGGCUCAAGAUCAAUCCCGGCACCGUGGGCUUCUAUCGCAUCCAGUACAGCUCGUCCAUGCUGGAGAGUCUGCUGCCGGGCAUCAGAGACCUCAGCCUGCAGCCCGUGGACCGGCUGGGCCUGCAGAACGACCUCUUCUCCCUGUCCCGCGCCGGGAUGAUCAGCACAGUCCAGGUGCUGACGCUGAUGGAAGCGUUCGUCAAUGAGCCGAACUACACGGUGUGGAGCGACCUCAGCUGCAACCUGGGAGUUCUGUCCUCGCUGCUGUCACACACCGACUUCCACGAGGAGAUCCAGGAGUUCAUCCGGGACCUCUUCACCCCCAUCGGCCUCGAGCUCGGCUGGGACAGCAAGCCAGGAGAAGGUCACCUGGGUGCCCUGUUGAGAGGUCUGGUUCUGGGGAAGCUGGGAAAGGCGGGACACAAACCCACACUGGAGGAGGCCAGGCGGAGAUUCAAGGACCACGUGGAGGGGAAACUGGUCCUGCCUGCAGACCUCAGGAGCCCAGUGUACCUGACAGUGCUGAAGCACGGAGACAGUGCCACGCUGGACACCAUGCUGAAGCUCCACAAACAGGCCGACAUGCAGGAGGAGAAGAAUCGCAUCGAGCGAGUGCUGGGCGCCAUCUCAGCCCCCGACCUCAUUCAGAAAGUCCUCAGCUUCGCCCUCUCGGAAGAGGUUCGUCCCCAGGACACGGUGUCUGUGAUCGGUGGCGUCGCAGGAAGCAGUAAACAAGGCCGGAAAGCUGCCUGGAAGUUUGUCAAGGACAACUGGGAGGAGCUUUACAACCGCUACCAGGGCGGCUUCCUCAUAUCACGACUCAUCAAGCUCACGGUCGACGGCUUCGCUAUCGACAAGAUGGCUGCUGAAGUGAAGAGUUUCUUUGAGAGUCACCCGGCACCGGCGGCUGAGCGCACAGUGCAGCAGUGCUGCGAGAACAUCCUCCUCAACGCCGCCUGGCUGAAGCGCGACGCAGACGACAUCCAACAGUAUCUACUGCAGCGCAAAGCGCCCCCCCCCGUCUGAGCCUCCGCCUCUCCGUCGCCACCUCCUCUAGCCCCCUCUCCCCUCCCUCCAGCGCGGACUUCCCAGCAUCAUAGCUGCCUCGGCCCCCCCCCCCCCGUCACCACAGAGCAGGGCGGGAGAGCACAGCGUUCUUACAGCAGGCUUCAUUUCUCUAAAGAAACUCUAUGAAAUCAACAAGACAAAGCCAAGAAUUUAACAGUGUUGGAAACACAAAGAGACUCUUUUUACGUCAAAUCAAAAUCCAUUUUAAACAGACCAGGAAUGUAGUUUUACCCCCAUUCUGUCCGAUGAGCCGCAGCUGAGGGAGGUCACAGGAACAGCUCCGGCCUCAAAGAUCCUUAACCCUGCUAACGCUGCCUGCAUCAAUGGCCCCGUAUGCACCCCUUCCUCCUCACCCUCCUCCUCCUCAUCCUCCUCCUCCUCUGCAUCGUAGCUGAGAAAACUGUGAACCCCUCCCCCCCUCCUCCUCCUCAUUGGAACGCAUCACGUGUGAUUUCUUUUAUUUUUUUGUUUACUUUGUUUUCUCCACAAACAAAUAAUCUUUCCCUUCUCCGCCCGUCUCCGAUAGUACCCUAUCCCCCCCCCAUCCCCUCCCACCAUUCGGGGGCUGUGAUUGGGUGAAGGCAGGAAGCACCUGGACAGAAUGGGGAUAAUAACAGUCGUGUGUUGUAGUUUCCAACCGCACUGAUUCUCCAUUGCUAAUAAACGACUAGGACGAGACGAGCGGCGCUAGCAUGGUACUACAUUGUAAACUGUAUAAUGCAAGUUCUUUUUUUUUUGUGGACAAUGUUCCUUUAAAAGAAUUAAACCGAAAAGUUCAUGAUUACCUGAUAUACACACUCACACUCACUCACACACACACUCACACUCACACACAAACUCACACACACACUCUCAAAGCCCCUGGAGCUCUACUCAGUCGAAGUUGAUAUUGUUCGAAUCGUCAACAGAUAUAUUUAAACCCCUGUUUCUCGGUCUGCCAGCCUCAGUGAGAUGAAGAUGUCAGCACGUGUUUUUAUAAGACAUCAGAUGCAGUGAUUUAUUUAAAUGUUGACACGAUCGUAUAUUCUGAGGAAAGGAUUAAAAAAAAAAAGAACUAAAAAACACACAGCACUACUUUUUGGGGCCUUUUCAUUUCUGAAGUAACAUCAGGUUAAACGCCGCCUCGUGCAGUCGAGCGUCCGGCGAGGCCCGAGGCCGGAACAUGUGGACAUGACCGAUCGACUUUUACUGCUCCGUCGGACAUGGACGCCUUAAACUGGUCGACCGGUUUGCAGUAAACAUGUUGUGAUUUUAAAAGGUGACUUCCACAUAACGUCAAAUGUAUCUAAUGUGACAGAAUAUGCAGACUUGUUGAGCGAGUAUAUCUAUAUAGAAUUUACAAUUUGAUGUGGUUUUUGAAAAACAUCCCCACAAAGUCAUCCAACCUGUUGUCGAGACUCUUCCCCCCCCGGAACAUUUGUUGUUUUUUCUUUUUCUUUCCGUCUCUUUUUGUUUGUGUCUUUUUGUUUAAAAUUAAAGUUGGUGUUCAUUAAAGUGAAAAAGGAUUAUAAAAACAAAUGAUGUGAAAA